UGGGAUUAUAUUUAAUUGCAAUUGAAAGUUAAUUGUUGCUAAGAAACUGAAGGUUUAACAUUAAUCAGCUGAGAAAGUGAAUUGUUUACAUUUUGGUUUAGCAUUUUGAUAUUUUUCAAUGAAAAUUCAAUUGAUUUGUUAAUUGUUUACAAUUAUGUGUUUACUAUUUUUCCAAUUAAUUAAACCCAAAUCAGUGAAUUCAUUUAAAUUAAUUUUAAUUAGUGUUCGUGAUGAAUAUAUGAAUCGACCGGCAACUAGUGCAUCAUGUUGGUCGGAUAAUCAAAUAAUUGGAGCCCAAGACAUGGAACCAGGACGAGAAGGUGGAACCUGGUUAGCAAUUAAUCCGAUUACAGGGAAACUUGGAAUCCUUUUAAAUAUCUUAACAGUUAAAUCGGAUAUUAAUCCAAAUGCUCUUGGUCGAGGUAAAAUUGUCACUGAAUUUAUCAAUUGUCAUGAUACUGGAAACUAUUUAAAAUCAUUAGUUGAUUGUUCAUCUAAUUAUAAUGGUUUCACUUUGGUUGCUAUUGAUUUAAAAUCUGAUCCAUCGGUGGCUUAUGUUAACAAUUAUAAUCAACCAUCAGUUGUUAAUCUUAAUCCAGGAAUCCAUGGAUUUGGUAAUGCUCGUAAUCCAUUGGAACCUUGGAGAAAAGUUAAUUAUGGUUUAGAUAAAUUUCGUGACAUUGUAACGGAAAUUAAAUCAACUGAUCGUAAACAAGAAUUGAUUGACAGAUUGUUUCAUAUGGUUUCAGAUGACACAAAAUUACCCGAUGAUGAGAGAUUAAGGAGACAAGCAUAUGAUUGGCCUGAUAAAUACUUGAAACAAUUAAACUCAUUGUUUGUUGAGAUUCCCAAUAAGGAAUAUGGAUCAAGAACCUGGUCAAUUAUUCUGGUUGAUGGUCAAGGAAACGGAGAUUUCAUUGAGAGAACUCGAGUUCCACCAAUACAAUUCUCUGAGAAUCAAAUUAAAUCCGAUUGGAAAGAGACUCGAUUGUCUUUUCAAUUGUCGAGUUGAUUUCAUAAGUUCUUAGUUGAUUGUUAAUUUCGAUCACAAUUUAUGAUAUCACGAUUUUCGCUACACGUUUAGUGGCCUUUCUGUCGAUGGUCAAGCUCAUCGAAACUUUAUUCAGAGAUUAAUCCAUCAAUUAAGUCAUUUGGAAUUCAUUAAGAUUCUGAUUGGAUCACUUUCUUCAUGUUAUCAUGUUUUUAUGAAUAAUUGAAGUGAUUAAAGUGAAGAAAUGAUUUAGAUUAUUUCUAAUUUGAUUGCGGAAAGAAA